GCAAAUUAAGAUUAAAAUCGAAAAUGGAGAAGCAACAAGAUAAUCAAGCCGGCGGGAGAGACGCUUCUGAAAAGAAGAAAGAAAAUUUAGAAGAACUUCCGAUGAAGGACAGCCCGUAUUUGCAGUACAAAGACGUGGAGGAUUACAAGAUGAAGGCUUACGGAACAGAAGGCCAUCUGGAACCCAACCCUGGCCGCGGCGCUGGCACCACCGAUGCCCCAACCCUUUCCGGUGCUCCCUCCCCCGCUGAUGCUGAUAAGCGCCGAGGAGCCCGCUAGAUUCAUUUAUAUAUCUGUUUUAAGAUUAGGGAAGAAGUUCAGCCCUUGAUCAAGAAUCCAAUAAAAUAAAAAGUUUCUAGAGAAUCGAGCUCUUUUCAAGAUCUUGUAUUUGAUUUAAUAUCCAAUGUUAAUGGUCUAAAUUUUAGAAUUUUCAUGUGUUGAAAGAAAAUUUAAGAGACAAUUUGUUGGAAGAAAAACUUUCGAAAUAUGUAUACGAAGGUAAUAAUCGUACGCUGCUUAUUAUUUUAUUUGAUG